UGGAGCUGCCGCAAAGCCCCGUCCUCCAGGGCUUUUUAAACACCGUGUUUGCUUCACGCUCCAACAAUAUCAUCCAAUUGAAGAGCCGCAGCGCUAAAUGCGCUGAACCGACGGUCAUCGUGGGAACAGCGCCGACGAGCACAAACCGUUAUGGUAUUAAGAAAGACAACGACGGCGUAAAAAAAGAAAAGAAAGAAAGAUACUGGGUUGCGGGUCAACGACUUUAACCCUUAAUCUGCCGUAACGUAGCUGCACUCGUGGAAAGGCAGUCAAAGCAGCAGGGUGGCUGGGUGAAAUGUGAGCGGACCGGGUCGGUGACCGUUUUUCCGUCGUUUUCAAUGAGGUUGGGACCGUUGCAGUUAGCUCGGUACGGCCGCGUUGAUGCAGCAGCGCACGGCUGUGGUGUUCAAAUCCACCACCGGAUCUGGGAAGACAAUAGGUGAAAUAUACGCCGGCCCUGGACUCCCAAGACUACAUAAACGAGAGUCUGCACCCGCUGCUUUGGAUCCAGUAGUGUCCCUGUGAGGAAUCGGGUAAGAGAGUGAAGUGACAGCCGGCAGGCAGCUGGCUCAGGAUGGCGGCCGUAGUGAACUACUCUCCGCCUUGGUGGGUGAAUCUGCUCCACCGGUUGCCUCAUUUCAACAUUGAAUUCCAACUUGUGAGCAGUGACUUCAGACCGGAGGACUCUGAGUACCAGAAGUCCAUUUUGCUGCUCGGGGCCGUGGCCUUGCUGUGUUUGGGCCUGGACCUCCUCUUCCUUCUCUUCUACUCAUUCUGGCUCUGCUGCCGGCGACGCAAGAGUGAUGACUCUUCACACUCUCAUACGCACUCCCAGCAGCCCAGUGCAGACUGCUGCUGCACCGCCUGGUGCGUCAUCAUUGCCACGCUCGUCUGCAGUGCUGGCAUCGCUGUAGGAUUCUACGGAAAUGGGGAGUCGAGUGAUGGAGCCAGUCGUUUGGCAUACUCCCUCCGUCACGCCAAUCGUACUGUAUCUGGGGUGGAGAAACUGGUGUCAGACAGUGCCCUAGCCUUAAACCAGACAGUGGAGGAGAGCUUGGUCCAGUUGGAGACAGCCUUCCAGGAGCAGACAGACUACGUGUCCAUCGUUCAAAAGCUGCAGGGACAGCUGGAUGAGCUGGUGAGGCUGAUGGUGGAUGUUCCCUUCUGGUCCAACACUGACAUUUCCCUUGAGGACUUGGCCCGCAAGACAGAGGCGUUUGAUUUUUACAGGUGGUUGGGGUAUCUUGGCCUGCUGCUGUUUGAUGUACUCAUUUGUCUUCUGGUGCUCUUCGGCCUGAUACGCAACUCUAGAGGCACUCUGAUUGGAGUGUGUCUGCUGGGGGUUUUGACUCUGAUAAUCAGCUGGGGGUCUCUCGGCCUGGAACUGGCUGUCGCUGCUUCAGCCAGCGACUUCUGCGUUUCCCCGGAUACCUACAUCACCAGGGUAACCAAGGAAAACGCUGUCAUCAACCAAGAUAUCCUGCAGUAUUACCUGAGGUGCAGCCCUGGCCAAAUUAACCCCUUCCAGCAGAGGCUGUCAGGGAGUCACAAAGCAUUGGUGGAGAUGCAGGAUGAUGUGGCAGAGCUACUGAGAUCAGCUACACGUGAUUAUGCCACCACCAAGGGGAGUCUCGAGCAAAUCCAGUCUGUGCUGAAUUCCACUGAAGUUGGUCUUCACCAGCUGACUGCUCUGGUCGACUGUCGCAGCCUACACAUGGACUACGUUCAGGCAUUGACUGGGCUGUGUUAUGACGGGGUGGAGGGUCUCAUCUACCUGGUUCUCUUCUCGUUUGUCACGGCUCUGAUGUUCUCCUCCAUUGUGUGCAGUGUGCCACACACCUGGCCUGGCAAGAGGACGGAUGAGGAAGACGGAGAGGACGAGUCGGGUGCCUCACGGGGUGGCGUGCACGAUAACCUGUACCGCGUUCACAUGCCCAGUCUCUACAGCUGUGGCUCCAGCUACGGUAGCGAAGCUAGCCUGCCCGCUACAGCCCACACUGUCAGCAAUGCCCCCGUCACUGAAUACAUGAGCCAGAACGCAAACUUUCAGAACCCUCGGUGUGAGAACACCCCCCUGAUUGGCAGGGAGUCCCCUCCACCCUCUUACACCUCCAGUAUGAGAGCAAAGUACCUGGCCACCAACCGACCGGACCAGAACCGACGCUCCGUUCCUAACGACCAACUGGACCCGGCUAGCCGGCCUCACGCCGCUGCCCGACCACAGUCCUCAGUCCACUAGAGACCACAACCACACCAGUCCACCCCAGUACUGCCUAAAUCCAGUUUUCACAGCCAAUAACAACAUCUCAGUCUUCAUCAGAGCUCAACCAGAGCUGUUUGAAGCACCAACAGGACCCCAGUUUGUCAAGGUCUGCUGAAUUUCACCAACAAUGACCGGUUCACCAGAAACAACACAGCAAGUUGUCAACCAAGCACCUCAGCAAAGGACUGCACCUCCAAGGUCAACUUCUAUUUCUCAGCCACAAAAGUUCAAAAGCCGAAGCCCACCCGAGAGGAUCACGAUUUCUACUCCUUCUCCUAGUGGACACACACACACACACACACCAUGAAGCUGCUCGUUCCACCACUGCUGCAACAGUGCAGCCCUCAUACCCACAAUGCACAGCGACUAAAGCGCCUUGGCUCUGUCUCCAGAUUCAUCCUCUACUUUUCAAUUCUCUCUCCCUCCACUGGGAUCCGUACACCGCCCUCCAGUGGAGACCACUCUCACCACUCAAUCUCCUGACACACACAGGCAAGUGCACACACACACACACACACACACACACACACACACACACACACGCGCAUACAUACACACACACACACACACACUGUACAGAUGUGUAAAUAGUAAACAUGUGCUCUGAUUUCAUGAGAAGUAGACUGUUGAAUCAUUACUGGUAAUGUGGUGUAAUGCGUGUUUAUCAUGAAAAAUUUUGCUGUAUCUCACAUACAAACACACACACAGACACACACAUACACACAAAUAGGCGGACACAUCUGUAUAAAUAAUAAGCCAGUGAAUCAGAAAGCCAUGUUUAGAUAUGAACAGUACCACCACAUCCUCCUUAGCUUAACAUUGUCGUCUAACUAUGACUUGAAUUGUGAGCUCGAUAAAGUGUUUCCACAUCUCUCGUAUUUGUUUACGUGCACAUACAGUACACGUGUCGAUUAAUGCAGUUUGAACACGAGCCAGGAAUCCUGUUUGGAAUAACUGUUAUGAGUUUUCGGAAUCGGAGACACAAGGGACAUAAAGAAGGCUCAACCUGUGCCAAAAAACUCUGAAUUACGAGGGAUGCCUGAUUCUGUCCUCUUCUUCUACUGCCUCCACACGUCUCAAAAAAAGGGAAAAAAGAACUCACGUGGAAUGUUUUCCCUCUGACUGUAAAUAAUAAAGGAAAGACUUGAAAAAGGAAAAUGACAGACAUAAAUCGAUUAAGACUCACUGAUUAUUGCGACUAAACACUUGCUAGGUGCUAUGUAAGCCAGUCAAGGUCCCAGAAGACGAUCAGGAAUGAGGAGGGACGGAAACUUUUUUUUUUUUUUCAUUACUUUAAUGUUUUGUUUUCAUUCAGGGAUGUGAUCAGUAACACAAAAAGCAGUGAAAAUAUAACAGCUCCUGAAUGGGACUUGUGUUCCGAAAUCUGAAAAGAUAAAUUCCCUGAAAAGUUACAUAAAAGUGUUACAAAAUGAAGGAAAGUGGGUGUUUUUUAAAUUUUUUUAUCAAAAGAUCAAAUUCAGGAUGUGAUACUGUGACAAAGUAGUGUUCUGUUUUUUCUUCUAUAUUUUUUCCUGUGCUUUUAUUUUGUUAACUGGUGACCUUGGAUUGACCUUAAGCCACCAGAAAUGAGUGUUGUUUUGUUUUUUUUUCGUUAUUUUUAUUUUUUUACCCACAAGCACAAAUUCUCUUCAAGGUGACUUUGUGAGACGGAGAAGUGAAACACACUGCCUGGGACACUGCCAGUGGUUUUUUUCCUCCUGCUCUUAAACUCUCUGUACAGUGUAUAAAAACUGUAUUCGUGAACCCGUGUGUGUGACAUCACUGCAGCGUGAUUGGCUAUCGCUCUAUCUCAGUGUUACUGUGUGUAAGUACAGUGAUGUACUGUGUGUCUGACUGGCAACAAGCAAGGGCCAGUCUAUCUAGCCUGAGUCAUUUCUACAUGGACGCAUGCCCUCAUACAGGCAUUAAAAUACACACACACACACACACACACACACACACACACACAUGCUGUACAGACAUUUAAUACACACACUACAGUUUUUUUAAAAAAAAUCCAUCUUUCCCUUCUUUUGUCCUGUUUACAUUCACAUCUAGAGCUGUAGUAACUGCACGCCCUCCCACCGCUGUGACAUCACACUGACAAACAUUUGCAUUAUGGGUGAUGUAGUAGGUAGAAAGCUGGAAUCUAGUGUUUAUUAGCAGAGUGAGCCGAGCCCCUAACAUUAAAACACCACCAUUCCUGUACAGCAUUUUAAUAAUUUUAUUAUUAAUCAAUGACCACUUCUCGUAUUAGCGAGACAAUCUUACAUGUGUGAUUUUACUAGAGAGAAAAUGUCCAUGUUAUGGUAACAAUGCUACCUAUGGUCGAGUACUUUACAGUGUUUUUUGCACCAUAAAUGCAAACAGUGUUAAGAUCUGUGGGACUAGUCACUGAUUAAUGGCCUUUCAUAAUGUUUUUAAAACUCUUACAACACUCUUCAUAUCACAACAUGUUUUUUUUUGUUUUUUUUUCUCUGUCUUGUAAAAAUCAAACUUUAAAGAUAAAAUAAUAGCUAGCUGUUUUGUAGGAGAAUAAAGGCAAGAGCAGCGUUUUUCCUCUCUUAUUAAUGGUGAAUGACUCUGUCUUGCAAUGUUUUAAUAAAACUAUUCCAGUGUAGUCUGCACACCUGACUUAAAGUUGUAUUUGAAUUCCUGUGCGAUGCUUUCUGAGGUUUAACAGAUCUGGUUCAGUCUGUCUUGGUGGAAAAAAAGAGGAUUCAUGCUCACGUUGAAGAGUCAGCAGUGCUUGUGUGUACGUGUGGUAUUUACAGGACUUCAAGUACACCUCUGUCCAGAUGUGACAGACAGACAAUGUUUUUUAUGGCUGUUUUUAUUUUCUGAUGGUUAACUAAGAUAUUAAUGAUGUACAUGUCAAAACUGUGGUAAUGAUAUCAUUCAGCCUGGAAUAAAUGUUUUAAAAAAGAAAUUAAAGCAACUUUAACGUA